AUGCCGAUAUCGCGGAAGCGGGCCCUCCAAGAGGCCGACACCAGCAACAAUGCGCAACCUCCAAAGGAACCAUCUGUACUCCAUCGCAUAAGGAACAUGUGGCAGUUUGCCAAUCUUUUCCAGUUCAUUCUCUUAUUCGGAAAGGCGCUCAAGCUGGACGACAGUCUUGAUAUCGAGGACCUCGAGGCCGAAUGUCUAAAGCCAGGCUCAAUGGUCCUCCAGGACAUUGGCCUCGGUACCCUCAAGUUCCUCUCGUCCCAUCGAGGCCUCACCCACGACGUGUUCGAAGAAUACACCCGAAGACAGUUUCUCGCCAAAGCUCCUGAAAAGAACCCUUUCGGAACUGAGGAUCUGCCUACCAAGUUUGCCGACUUCGACGUCUUUACAAAGAUCCGUGUACUCCAGCAGAUGAGCCAGCUUGUCAUGUGUACCCCCGAGCGACUUCGCGAGAGGACAGAGGAGCAAAAAGAUAUGGACCAGACCAAUUGGCGAAUCGAACCAUAUGGAUGGGACAGCGAAGAUCGUACCUACUUCGUAUUAGAUGAUAACCGCAUCUAUCGAUUGACCGAGGCCCGGCCCCCGCUCCCAAACCCAAGAAGAAUACCAAAAAAGGCCAAGGCCGUCUCCCGAAGCAGCAAAAGACGUCGCGUCUCGGCAGCGGUCAGUGAGGAUGGCGAUGCUGGCGACGAGGACUCUGUGACAGGGCAACCAGAUAAGCCUGAAGACGACGGCCUUGGCGGAAUGAAAUGGGAAUGCCUCGCGGUCUCCUUGGACGAGGUCCGUCAAUUCCUUGCCACUAUCCAGAGAUCCAAGGAUCCAAAUGAGAAGAUCCUGCGCGAACAAAUCCAGGACCAUCUCGUCCCCAUCCUCGAGAAACAAGAAGAGUCCAAAAAGCGGAAACAGCUGCAACGAGAGAAGGAGCUCCAGGCACUGGAGAAGAUGGCGCACGCCAAACGAUCCAGCCGUAUUGCCGGCAAGCUAGAGCAACAGAAGGCGGAAGAGCAGGCCCGGGAAGAGGAACGCAAGCGCCGAGAAGAGGAGGCUGCCAGGCGAAAAGAAGAGCAACGGCAAGCCAAGAUGGAGAGGGAGAGAGAGCGCCGACUCAUGUCAAGAGAACAACGACUGAAAGAGCGAGAAGUUCGCCGUCUUCAGGCCGAAGAAGAGCUGGCGCAAUUGUCCGAGGACAGCAAAUCCGUCGGCUCAGGGCCCGGUCGCAUGUCGGAGCGGCACCGACAAGCAGCGAUUGAAAAGAAUCGGAGAGCUCUACAGGAGCUGCAAGAUGAGGAAGAUGAUUGGAUCUUCGAUUGCAUUUGCGGUGACGCCGAGCAAGAAGACUUCCAUUUCAUCUGCAGCUCUUGCCGCCGAAGUGAGGCAGAGAAAUCCCAACAACCCCGGGUCAUCAAGCUGAAGGUCAACCGCCAUGCUUCAUCGUCCCCUCCUCCUCACCAGGCGGCCAGUGACAUCUCCCGGUCUCAAGCUGACCGGCCAGAGCUUGUUGUCGAGCUAAAAGCUCGGGCGGUGUCUGGAUCGUCUACCGAUCGUAGUAGCGAGGAGAAACCCCGCUCUGGGUCUCAGGAUAGCCCAUCGGAGCAACAAGAGGCAGGCACCGAACCCACCACUCUUCCCGGUGAGAAGAAGGGUACGGCCAGGCCGGUCACUGCGGCGAGGUCUGUUGGGAAAUCGCCAGGGCGACGGGAGAUGAACCCAUUUUCAUCGCCGCAUCCCACUCUGUCUCCUCCUAACCAGUCACCCGGCAAGUUGAGAGCAUAUGACAGCAUAUUUGACCAUUCUGCACCCUUUCCUGCUGUUGGUCGCGAAAACUCGGCGCAUCUCAGAGAGGAGGGCUCACUGCCUGUGUUGCCGCCCCCUGCCGGAAACGGUCGUUGGACCUCUCCGUCAAAGCAACCGCAACGGCCAUCUUCGCCUCUGGGAACAAAAAGCUCUCCUGCCGCUGGCGCCAGAAUAGUGAGCACGCCAUUGCCACAACUUACCCCUGUGCAACCCGAUCCCCACGCCCGGAAUGGAGCCAUGGACCGGUCAUCACCCUUACCGCCUUCCCGUGGAGGGCUAUCGCCAACCAAACAUUCGCCGCCUGUACCGCCGCGCCAUCAGGUGAACGGCUCUGUCAGUGCUGGAGCUUCCCCGUCAGGGACUGGUCGCGCCACCCCAGUCUUCCCCCCUUCAGCAGCUUUUGCCCCUACCCCUCAACAGCAAAAUCUGGCACCGCCGGUGAAGCCGGUGAAGCCCGAUGAGCCGGCGAAAGCGCAGCCACAGCCGUAG